GAAGUUAAAUCUGCGGUAGUUCUUGGAUUUGUAUUAAAGCCAAUCUGGAACAACUUAUUCGGAAUUUUGAAAUUGUUUUAAUUGCCUUAUUUUUAAUUGUUUUCUAUGAAUAUAGCCUUAGUUCUUAUUUGCAGGUAUGGUAUUAAAACUUGAUCCAAAAAUAGCUACUUGUUUGCCGUCAGUGUUUCCCCUGGAUUACUGCUGCACUCAUCACUUAGUGGCUAUGUAUGAAAGCCAAAUCCAUGACGCUGUGGUUUACAAACAUGUGCAUUCUCUUUUGAGAAGGAAAUGCCGCAAUAUAUAUUUAAAAAUCAUGUUAUUGCUUAUUAUUGCUCUCAGGUCUGUCCUCUUCCCUUAUCGUAUACAAAACUUUGGAAUCCCCCUCCCCCCGUUCAUGACAUUUUUUGAAUUCCGCUUGGAAAGAAGAGGUAUUCCUGUCCUCCUCCCGGUCGCAAAGUUCCUGUAGCCAUGCCAAGUAAUUUCCCACAGCUCGCUGGACCUUUCCUUCCGUCCAGCUGAAUAACAGGACCCUCCAGGAUACGUUAGCUAAGAGGGUGUGAUCCCCAGUCUCUGGUCCCGCUCCUUGCAGUAAACAGCGUGACUCAUAGCAAUGCUAUGCUUUCUCUUUACAUAAUAUUUCAUCAAAUGUGCUGCGCUGCUGUGCGAGCAGAGCUGUAAACAGUGGAAAAAAGGCUUCUUUCCCUCCCUGUAAGGAUGUGAAAGCCACACGGUGAUUAGAAAAAAACUUUAGGCAUUCACAAAACGGAAAUUAGCAGCUGCGGCGAGACCAGCACGCUGUUCCUGUGAUCUCUGCUGAGUGUAGUGUUUGAGCUGAACGAAAAGAGAUGGGGGAAAAGCAGGAGCCGUCAAGCAGGUUUCUGAUUCAGUGCGGUGAGUUGCAUUUCUGAGGGAUUCUGGACAGCUGGAUGCACGCAGGGCAUGACGACGCAUUUUAAAGCUUUACAGGUGAAAAAUGAGGCGGAGGAGAAUGCGGCCGCCCUCAGCGACGACGAGCUGGUGGCCAUGUCGGUGCGGGAGCUCAACCAGCACCUGCGGGGCCUUUCCAAGGAGGAGGUGGUGCGGCUGAAGCAGCGGCGGCGCACGCUGAAGAACCGCGGCUACGCCGCCAGCUGCCGCAUCAAGCGCGUCACGCAGAAGGAGGAGCUGGAGCGGCAGAAGGCGGAGCUGCAGCGCGAGGUGGACAAGCUGGCGCGCGAGAACGCCAGCAUGCGGCUGGAGCUGGACGCGCUGCGCUCCAAGUACGAGGCCCUGCAUUGCUUCGCCCGGACCGUCACCUGCAGUCAGCUCUCGCCCAGCAAAGUGGCCACCACCAGCGUCAUAACCAUCGUCAAGUCCACCAAUCACAGUCCUGUCUCCGCCCCUUUCUCCACCCCCUCUUAGUGAAAGGGAGGGGCCCUUUUCCACGCCUCCUGCCAGUCGGAUGCAUAUAUCAUUUAAAGGUCCCGUGAGGAUUCUGACAUUCUCACAGACUAUAUCUGUUCCCUCUUCCUCAUAUAAUCUGCAUCGCCUAUGCCGAUUAAAGUGUUGCCGCAAGCUAAGCUAUAAAUCUACAGCAACAGUGGGCCAAAGCAUACGCUGAAUAUACACAGCCGUUUUAAAUACGGCCUGGAGUCAAGAUUUCGAGAGAGGCAGAGUCGGUCUAAAGUGUAGUUACAUUUUUUUUUUUUUGGCAUCCUUGGUUGUGUUUGUUUUAUGCAAACAAAGCAUAAAAUAUGCAGGAUGUCGUUUGUGGCACGUCUCAGUGACACAUCAAAUGAUUGUGAGGGUUUUUAUGAUCACAGAGACGACUGGUCCAACGACAGUUACAUUUCUGCAAAGAACAUGAAAUGGCUAAGAAUCGAAACUGAUGGUGCAGUGGAUGGGUGCAGACCAGUUCUCCACAGCAUCUUUUUUCAUGUAAUGCCUGAAACAUUUCUUAUUUUUUAUACUCUGUCACGUCCGGGAUCGUGAGUUUUAUACAUUCCACGGCAAUGUAAACAUAAUGGCAUCCUCGUAAUGCACCUUUCGUCAAAUAUAUAUGAAUAGGUGUUUAUAUUGAUUCCAAAUCAAAUCUAAAACCUCACGUAGAAAUGCCAGUCAACACUAUUGCACAUAAUCCGAUCUUCAAAGUCAGGCAUGAUACCUGAGCUGUCUAUUUCUAUCAGGUAUAUUACAUCUGUUCUAACAGUGAUACAAUUGGUAUUUCUUUUUUUAUUCAUUUACUCAUUAUACAAGCCACAUAUAAACUUUCUUGUCACUAUUGAACCAAAAUCAGUGGUGAAAAGUGAUUGAACAUUGAACUAAAUAAAAGCACAGUGUGUUUUUGCGUACAUAGUCAGAGGGAGUAUCUCAGAAGUAGGACCUGAGUAACUACAUCCAAGCUGUUAUGGCAGGAAAGAUCAUGGCUAAUUUAUAUAACAUAUAUGUAGUGUGUUUGUGUAUAUAUAAUAUAUAAGUAUAGAUUUUUGUAGUUAUGUUUCUCCUGAGCUGUUAAUAUUGUAUUGUGUUAGGUAAUCCAUAUUGGAUAUGGGAGGUUUCAUUAUAGAAAAAUAAAAUAUUCAGUUGUGGGUUAGACGUUACAGGCAUAAAUAGCUAAUUUUCGGAGUUUCGCGGAAUGAAAACUGGCUGUAAUUACAGGCCGCGUCUCUCAUGUGGGAACAUGUCACCCUUUUGAUGUCGUUCCUGCUCGGUCUCAUGAAAGCAUCACUGCUGAUGUGAGUCAAAAGCACUUGAUGGUUUUUUUGCAUUUCAUUUUUAGACAUGAACAUUUGGGUAAAGGUUGGGGGGGUGUAACUGACAGAAACAGAAUCUCUGUCGCCCCCUGCCAGUGUAGAUAUAGUGGAUGAUGCAGUGUGAUAUGUGGGGUCCAUUGCUGAAGCUUGCUCGCCGCCCAGUGAUGUCACACUUGGGGAUUAUGGGAGGCUCGCAGCAUUAGCGGUUCCCCGUGGAGACGACGGCACUUCCCUUGGUUAGAUGCCAUUAUAGAACGGGCCAUUUUGCUGCUGUACAGCCCGAUGCAUUACUAUCAGUCUCCUUGCUCUUGUAAUUUUUGUUUUUCAUGUUAUUUUCCUUGAAUCAUUUGGUCAUUAUCAUUCUCUAUUUUGCUGUAUAUUAAGUUAAUCCUAUAAUAUAUGAAAUAGCAAUCACUGUUCCAGUUUCAGAUUUUAAUGUUUGACAUAUUCUUGGGGUUAAAAGUACAUUUGUCCCACAGGAACUAUACAGCUUCAUGAAUGCAGUAAUGUACCUGACUAAAACUGGAGUGUUUAUAUGAAAUAGAAUCCAAUAUAUUCCCCAUUUCUAUCAAAAAUUAGGACUAAUUAAUCUUGAAAUUGUCCACAAUCUAACCAGCAGCUAGAAGCCUUUGAACAAUAGACAAAUUAUUGUUACAAGUCUUAUGAAUAAUCAGUCUGCUAUUUGAAGAGAAAAGGUGUUUUUUGUCUUGUCUUUCCAGCACUUAUUUUCCUGUAAGUGAGCAACAUUCUGUGUUAAGCUUACCCCCAAAACAAAAGCAUUUAACAUAAUUGCAUUUUCUUUUUGUACAGUAAUUUUGUGACUCGUUGUCCAUAAUGGUUCAUUGGUCAUAUGAUCAGUACAAUAUACUGUAAUUCUUUCCUAUUGGAAGCUGAGAAAUAGUUUUGUCUUAACAGAAUUUGUAUUAGCAGAAUGAUGGUGUCUUUAUCUUUACUGACACCUAGUGGCGAACUCGUGUAUCCAAGACAUAGUAUAAAAUAACUGGAUAAAAUUUAUUUAAGGCUGCUCAUUCUUUUUUUUCCUCCUGUGUUAACUGCUUGUCUGCCCCUAGUUCUCCACUGGCCACAGGUACUCACCCUGAAUUACGGGCUAAUUGGUCACACAAGUGAGAGCUAACAGAGAAUGGGCAUUUUCUGUUUUAGGGCUCAAAUUGGUUAUCGCCGUGAAGCAAAGAAGCUAGAAAUAAAUGUGGGUGCUGAACAAGGGGGCAAAUAUAUCUCUCCUUUUCUGCCCUGAUCUUGAGUAUAUGUACUGUAUUUCUAUUUUAUGAUUUUGUUUUUACUCUGUAGUACUAUGUUUCAUUUGUAUUGGAAUAAGCAAACAUGAUUGAAAGCGGUUUGUCAGCAUAUGAGAACUGAACAUUCUGUCUUUAUACUUUACGGUCUAUUUCCUGAUAGCAGUCGCUGUUAAAUUAUUCAAUAUUUUCGAUAUAUAACAGUUUCUAAGUUAUACUCUGUGCGUUUGCUCUGAACACCAUUCAAGCUCUUUGCCAAACACGCACAAACACAUAAUCCCAGUUAAUUUGUGUGGUGCAUAAUUUGCACUGAAUGCAUUAAAAAUGAAACAUGAAGUAUGCUGCUUAAAAAACACUUUGGACACGUCGAUAUACAAAGAAUUAAAAAAGAUGUGCUUAACAAAUGUUAAUGUGUCCUAUGGUUUGCAUAGAAUUUUGAAGAAUCUGAUGAUUGACACGGUCUGGUUAUCUUAGAUUUGUUGGAUACACAUUUUGUUUCUUUUUUGUCGCUGUGAGGUACACAGAUGGUGCAGUGAUGCAUACUGCAGUAUGACUGCCAUCAAUUAAACAACUUUAAACACCAGUAAACUAUCUUACAGAAACUAUGGUCUUUGCAUCGUAAUUCAGUUUAUUAGCAUUUUAUAGUUAUUCAGAGUUGUUUUCACUUUUAUCUAAAUUAUUGGAUUUUAUUUACUUUCUAGUUUGAUGGCUGUACUCUUGUGUAUAUAUAAAGAAAAAAUAUUUUCCAAAACAUUUUUUUCCAUACUCUGACUGAAAAUAUUAUUUAUUGCUGUAAAUAAGAGUCCUUUGUGCCUGUUUUGUACUUAGGUGCUGAAAAUAAAGCGUUUUCUCAUGAAAA